AUGUCCGCCAACACCGAUGAGUCCGAGGACACCCCUGCUUGUGAAAGCUUUCGACUCCAUCCAAGACGAAAAGUUUGCAAAGAAUGCAAACAGCCCAGGGAAAGACACCCCCUCAGCGAAGAGGACAUCAAGCAAUUACACAACCUCGUAACGUCGUUAGCCCAUGACUGUGAGGCUGAAGAUCCGAAAUCGAACAGCGUGUACGCGUGGAUUCCUCCCCAGUGUCCAGAAGAACGCCUCGAUGAUUAUUUUAGCUGCUUUCGGGAUGAUGAGGUCCCAAAGCAUAAUUCAGAAGGUCUUCAAUGGCAUCUAAAGACGCUUAUGAAGCAAAUUCCUGAGACGGACGUCUCCCCAUCAGCCUGCAGGUUCGUAGAACCCGAAAAUUUCCCAGAUUUGGAAGAAUUUAUUGAGAAUAUAAGGAAAAAGACAAUGUAUUUUGGAUACGUACAGCCUAGGACAGAGAAAAUGCCUAUGCAAUGUCCCACCUGUUUGAUCCUUUUGGAAGUAGAUGAGCUAGUAGUUGUUCCUGCCUUACAGAGCUCCUUAGCGUACCAUCCGGCCUGUUUCAUCUGUUCAACAUGCAGGGAACAUUUGGUGGAUUUGGUGCAUUGUUUCGAAGUGGAUGGGAAAAUAUAUUGCGUGAGGCACUAUUCAGAUGCGCUAAGGAAAAGGUGUCACGCUUGUGACGAACUCAUCUUUUCUGUGCAAUAUUCACAAGCAGGGGAAGCCUUCUACCAUACAGAUCAUCUGCGUUGUUUCCACUGCGAUGAUCCGUUGGAGGACAACAAGGGUUUCGCCAAAGAUGGAGAACUGUAUUGCAUGACCUGCUACGAGGAUAUGUAUGGCGACGAUUGCCAGAAAUGUGGACAGCGCAUCCCUCUGGAGACGAAACAAAUCUCAUUUGAUGGCCGAAAAUUCCAUAUAAACUGUUUUAAGUGCUCUGACUGUCAAAAUGUUAUCGGCACGGGUACCUUCCACACGCAUGGAGACUUUCCUUAUUGCUUUGAAUGCUACAGACGCAAUUUUGGGGUGAGGUGCUUCAAGUGCAGGUACGCCAUCACUGAUGACGAUGCAGUCAUGUACAAUAAGCAGCCGUACCAUGAUGAGUGUUUCACUUGCCACAGAUGCCAAGCGCGACUGGCGGAACAAACAUUCAAGAACGUGGAUGACGAUUUAUAUUGCGUGAAUUGCUAUGGAGAAACUUUCUGUAAGCGAUGUCAUUCUUGUGGACAGCCCAUUCUGAUAGGUGAUAAUGAUGUUCUUUAUUCCUACGGAGAAUUUAAAUGGCAUGCAGAAUGUUUCAUCUGUCGAGUUUGCCAGCGUUCCUUGGCUGACACUCCAUUCAUAAUGCAAGGGAACGUACUAAUUUGCCAAGGAUGCACGAGUCAAGAAGACACUCUUUCUGGUGCAUCAACUACUAGAGGUAGGAAAGACCGAAGACCAACUGAAAGACUUUCAGGCAGUUCAAGAAGAGCACCUGCCAGUCGAGAGGAUACUCCCUCUAGUGAAUCAACUUCAAGAGAUAAGGAAGACCGUAGACCGACUGAACGACUUUCGAAUAAUUCAAAAGAAAGGGCGUCUACAAAUCAAGAGGACACUCACUCUGGAGCUUCAACUUCUAGAGGCUCGAAAAAUUCAAAAGGAAAGGUACCUGAGAAUAAAAGCAACAGCAAAAACCGAAAAAAGCAAUCGAAGAAGUCAAACGAAAAAAACCCUAAAAAAAAUUGA